AUGCGAACUUCAGCUGAGUAUAUCGAACAGGUGGCAGUGGCCACACCUCUGCUACGGUUACUUCAGCUGCUCUGCUGCUAUUAUUGCGCAACACGGCUUGUGUUAGUAACGGAAGGCCGUAGAGUGCUCUCGACAUUGUUGCGCAAGACGCUGUUCUCCGCAGGUCGACAGCUUGUGACUUGUGAAGACUCGCUCCAAGCGCUGUGCCGAUUGAUGAGCUACGUCAAGUUCGCUUUACCUCAUGGCAUCAUACUGUGCUGUCACUCGAUUCUUCUGCAAGUCAUUGUGCAGAUUCAAAAUCUGUAUGUCGGAGAAUUGGAUGUACGCAACAUGCAGCCGGGCGUCCUCCUGCAGCCGUUGCGCAACUCGGCCGGACUCGCGUUGUUUCAAGUGUUAGAUUUCACAGCUGUUUUGCAGUUCGGCAUGCAACACACUAUAACGACUGCGACGAGUAAUUGGCGAGAAGCCUGCACGGUCCGUGGCAAACCGGGCAACGACCGAACUCAUAUAACGAUCGUUGACGGCAACGCAAUAAGGGACAGGCAGCUUAGUUAUAAGGAAGACCUCGUCAUUGUCCGCACCCAUCCCCCAUUCUCAUUCGAGCUUGGGACCGGCAGCGGCAGAGUUUCGACGUGA